AAACGACCAAGGAAUAUGUUAUUCUUUAACAAUAAAUAUUUUGUCGUCCUUCUCGCUUGUUAUGGCGGGUUGGUAGAAAGUAAAGUUGUUGAUGCUCGCCAGUCACCAAGGAAAUUUCCAGAUGGAUUUCUGUUUGGUGCAGCCACUGCCGCUUAUCAAAUAGAAGGCGCUUGGAAUAAAGAUGGAAAAUCUGAGAGUAUUUGGGACAAAACGUGUCACAUGGUACCAAGUCCUAUCGCCGAUGGUUCAAGCGGCGACAUCGCUAACGACUCCUACCACCUGUACAAACGAGACGUAGAAAUGAUGAGAGAGCUAGGACUCGAUUUCUAUCGGUUCUCGAUCGCAUGGACCAGAAUAUUCCCAACCGCCUACGCUGAUAAAAUCAACGAAGCUGGAGUAGCGUACUACAACAAUCUGAUCGAUGAAUUACUGAAAUACAAUAUCCAACCCAUGAUAACGAUUUACCACUGGGACUUACCCCAGAAUAUCCAAGAUUUGGGUGGAUGGACCAACCCAAAUAUCAUUGAUUGGUACACGGACUACGCACGAGUAUUAUUCGAGCUGUUUGGUGAUCGAGUUAAAUACUGGAUUACUGUGAACGAGCCGCGAGAGAUUUGUCGUCAAGGCUAUGGGAAGGGCAGUUUGGCUCCAUUAUAUACUAUGUCCGGUUUUGGAGAUUAUAUAUGUGGUAAGAAUUUAUUAUUGGCCCAUGCCAAAGCCUACCACAUCUACGAUAAAGAGUACAGGCCCAAACAAAAUGGAACAAUUUUUAUUUCUAUCAGCGCUGCAAGAUACGAGCCUAAUAGUGAUAGUGAGGAAGAUAUAAAAGCAGCUGAAGAUGCCAACAUGUUUGAUUGGGGCAUGUACGCUCAUCCCAUUUUCUUUGAGUCCGGUGACUAUCCUCAAAUUGUGAAAGACAGAAUAGCUCAGAAAAGUGCUGAACAAGGAUAUCCUCGCUCCCGACUCCCAGAGUUCACACCUGAAGAAAUUGAUUACCUUCGCGGUACCUCUGACUUGUUUGGCCUCAACCACUAUUCCACACAUUUGACGUACAGAAACGAGUCGGUUAUUGACUACAAAGUCCCAUCAUACGAUGAUGAUCUUAGUAUCAUAUCCUACGCCAGUCCUGAUUGGUUAACUGGAUCCCAUCCGCGAAUUAAGACAACCCCGUGGGGAUUCUACACUUUGAGGAAAAUAAGUGAAAGCUACAACAAUGUACCGAUUUUUAUCACUGAGAACGGUUACGCAACAUAUGAAGGGUUAGAAGACGAUGACCGAGUAUAUCACUUCAAGGAAUAUCUAGGUGCUGUUCUGGAUGCCAUUAAUGAUGGAUCUGAUAUAAGAGGCUACACUCCUUGGAGUCUAAUGGAUAACUUUGAAUGGUUGCAAGGCUAUACGCAAAGGUUCGGUCUCUACGAGGUGGACUACAACAGCCCCGAACGCACGCGCACCCCGCGCAAGUCAGCGUUCCUUUACAAAGAGAUCCUGCGCACGAAGACCUUGGACAAGGAUUAUGAACCCAAAUUGACAGCUAUGACUAUCGAAGAAGGACUGAGAAAAAAACGACCAAGGAAUAUGUUACUCUUUAACAUUAAAUAUUUCGUCGUUCUUCUCGCUUGUUAUGGCGGGUUGGUAGAGAGUAAAGUUGUUGAUGCUCGCCAGUCACCAAGGAAAUUUCCAGAUGGAUUUCUGUUUGGUGCAGCCACUGCCGCUUAUCAAAUAGAAGGCGCUUGGAAUAAAGAUGGAAAAUCUGAGAGUAUUUGGGACAAAACAUGUCACAUGGUACCAAGUCCCAUCGCCGAUGGUUCAAGCGGCGACAUCGCUAACGACUCCUACCACCUUUACAAACGAGACGUAGAAAUGAUGAGAGAGCUAGGAAUCGAUUUCUAUCGGUUCUCGAUCGCAUGGACCAGAAUAUUCCCAACCGCCUACGCUAAUAAAAUCAACGAAGCUGGUGUUGCGUACUACAACAAUCUGAUCGAUGAAUUACUGAAAUACAACAUACAACCCAUGAUCACGAUCUACCAUUGGGACUUACCCCAGAAUCUCCAAGAGUUGGGUGGAUGGACCAACCCGAAUAUCAUUGAUUGGUAUACGGACUACGCACGAGUAUUAUUCGAACUGUUUGGUGAUCGAGUUAAAUACUGGAUUACUAUGAAUGAGCCGCGAGAGGUUUGUCGUCAAGGAUAUGGAUGGGGAACUUUGGCUCCAUUGUAUAAUAUGUCUGGUUUGGGAGAUUAUAUAUGUGGCAAGAACUUGCUUUUGGCCCAUGCUAAAGCCUACCACAUCUACGAUGAAGAGUAUAGGCCGGAACAAAAUGGAACUAUUUUUAUAACCAUCAGCGCUGAAAGAUACGAACCUAAUAGUGAUAGUGAGGAAGAUAUAAAAGCUGCUGAAGAAGCCAACAUGUUUGAUUGGGGCAUGUACGCUCAUCCCAUUUUCUUUGAGUCCGGUGACUAUCCUCAAAUUGUUAAAGACAGGAUAGCUGAGAAAAGUGCUGAACAAGGGUACCCUCGCUCCCGGCUCCCAGAAUUCACUCCUGAAGAAAUUGCCUACCUUCGCGGUACAUCUGACUUGUUCGGCCUCAACCACUAUUCCACCCAUUUGACGUACAGAAACGAGUCAGUUAUUGGUCAAUACGCAAUCCCAUCGUUUAAUGAUGAUCUUAGUGUUAUGACCUACGCCAGUUCUGAUUGGGUGACCGGAUCGCAUCCACGAAUUAAGGUAAGUCUAGCAAGUAUAUAUUGUAUAGCCUUUAACUAAUGUAUCGAUGAGAUA